UCACGCAUCUCACUUUGCAAUUCAAAAAGAAGCUCUCGCCCAACCCAAACUUUCUCUUCUUUCCUUUCCUCUUCACCCACGAAUGCUUCAUUCAUAAGCGACCCUAACUUCGUGCGGUGCUUGACACUUUCUUCCCUUUUUCCUCUCCACUCUACCUUGUUCCUCUGUUUCUCUCACACAACAACAGAAGCGGUACCAACCUAAGCUAUUAUUUCCCAAUAUCUGCUGCCCACCUAUAGCCGCACUCUACAAAACCUAAGAAUCGACAUUCUCUUUUCCAUCAUCUCCAACGAUGGCUGAAGAGAAGGCGGCCGGCGCUCCUGCGCUGGACACCAACAUCGAGACUGGCGGCUUCGAUGAGAAGCGAGGACAAGCUCCUCCCCCCACCCACGCCCCUAAGGCUCCCGUCGCCGAGGAUGAGGAGCCCGACGAGGACAUGGACGCCCUCAUUGAGGACCUCGAGUCCGAGGACGGCCACGCCUUCGACGAAGAAGAAGAGACCCAGCCUGGAGGUGGCCGUGUUGUUCCCGAAGAUCAGCUCCAAACCGACUCCCGAGUGGGUCUCACCGAGGCCGAAGUCAUCAACCGACGACGCAAAUGGGGCCUCAACCAGAUGAAAGAAGAGAGAGAGAACAUGAUCCUCAAGUUCCUCAUGUUCUUCGUGGGCCCAAUUCAAUUCGUAAUGGAAGCUGCUGCUGUCCUCGCUGCUGGUCUUGAGGACUGGAUAGACUUCGGCGUCAUCUGCGCGCUUCUCCUGCUCAACGCUUGUGUUGGUUUCAUCCAAGAGUUCCAAGCAGGCAGUAUUGUUGAAGAACUAAAGAAAACUUUGGCUCUCAAGGCUGUUGUCCUCCGUGACGGUACUCUCAAGGAAGUCGAGGCCCCCGAGGUCGUUCCCGGUGAUAUUCUCCAGGUUGAAGAGGGAACUAUCAUCCCUGCUGAUGGUCGUUUCGUUACCGAGGGCUGCUUCGUUCAGGUCGAUCAGUCUGCCAUCACUGGCGAGUCUCUGGCUGUCGACAAGCACGCUGGUGACAACUGCUAUGCUUCCUCCGCUGUCAAGCGAGGUGAGGCCUUUGUUAUCGUUACUGCUACUGGUGACAACACCUUCGUCGGUCGAGCUGCUGCCCUUGUCUCUCAGUCUGCUGGAGGCACUGGUCACUUCACAGAGGUUCUCAACGGUAUUGGUACAAUCCUUCUGGUUUUGGUCGUCGCUACUCUGCUUGUCGUUUGGGUGUCGUCCUUUUACAGGUCCAAUGGGAUCGUGGACAUCCUUCGGUUCACUCUAGCGAUCACCAUCGUUGGUGUGCCUGUCGGUCUCCCUGCUGUCGUCACUACCACCAUGGCUGUCGGAGCUGCCUACCUCGCCAAGAAGCAGGCCAUUGUUCAGAAGCUUUCAGCUAUCGAGUCUCUGGCUGGUGUCGAGAUUCUCUGCUCUGACAAGACUGGUACUCUGACCAAGAACAAGCUUUCUCUUGCCGAGCCUUUCUGUGUUGCUGGCGUUGAGCCCGAUGAUCUGAUGCUUACUGCUUGUUUGGCCGCUUCCCGCAAGAAGAAGGGUAUUGACGCCAUUGACAAGGCUUUCCUUAAGGCUCUCAAGUACUACCCCCGUGCCAAGAGCGUUCUGUCCAAGUACAAGGUUCUCGAUUUCCAUCCCUUUGACCCUGUCUCGAAGAAGGUCCAGGCCGUUGUUGAGUCCCCUCAGGGCGAGCGAAUCAUCUGUGUCAAGGGUGCCCCACUUUUUGUUCUCAAGACUGUCGAGGAGGACCACCCCAUCCCUGAGGAAAUUGAUGCAGCCUACAAGAACACUGUCGCUGAGUUCGCUACUCGUGGUUUCCGAUCCCUUGGUGUUGCCCGCAAGCGAGGUGAGGGUGCUUGGGAGAUUCUCGGAAUCAUGCCUUGCUCUGACCCUCCCCGUCAUGAUACUGCCCGCACUAUCAACGAGGCCAAGCGCCUUGGUCUCUCCAUCAAGAUGCUUACUGGUGAUGCCGUCGGUAUUGCCCGUGAGACUUCCCGUCAGCUCGGUCUUGGUACCAACGUUUACAACGCUGAGCGUCUUGGUCUCGGUGGUGGUGGUGACAUGCCUGGUUCUGAGGUCUACGAUUUCGUUGAGGCUGCCGAUGGUUUCGCUGAGGUUUUCCCCCAGCACAAGUACAACGUCGUCGAGAUUCUCCAGCAGCGUGGUUACCUUGUUGCCAUGACUGGUGAUGGUGUCAACGAUGCUCCCUCUCUGAAGAAGGCUGAUACUGGUAUUGCUGUUGAGGGUGCUUCCGACGCUGCCCGCUCCGCCUCCGACAUUGUUUUCCUUGCCCCCGGUCUUGGUGCUAUCAUUGAUGCUCUGAAGACUAGCCGUCAAAUUUUCCACAGAAUGUACGCAUACGUCGUCUACCGUAUUGCUCUCUCUCUUCACAUGGAGAUCUUCCUUGGUCUUUGGAUUGCCAUCCUCAACAGGAGCUUGAACAUUGAGCUUGUCGUUUUCAUUGCCAUCUUCGCCGAUAUUGCGACCCUUGCCAUUGCCUACGACAAUGCUCCUUUCUCUCAGACUCCCGUCAAGUGGAACCUGCCCAAGCUUUGGGGUAUGUCCGUCCUCCUCGGUGUUGUCCUUGCUGUUGGUACUUGGAUUGCUCUUACCACCAUGUAUGCCAACUCUGAGGACGGUGGUAUUGUCCAGAACUUCGGUAAGAUCGACGAGGUUCUCUUCCUUGAGAUCUCUCUUACUGAGAACUGGCUCAUCUUCAUCACCCGUGCCAACGGCCCCUUCUGGUCUUCCAUCCCCUCUUGGCAGCUGUCUGGUGCCAUCCUGAUCGUCGAUAUUCUUGCCACCCUCUUUUGUAUCUUCGGUUGGUUCGUUGGCGGCCAGACCAGCAUCGUCGCUGUCGUCCGUAUCUGGAUUUUCUCUUUCGGUGUCUUCUGUGUCAUGGGUGGUCUCUACUACUUCAUGCAGGGCAGCACUGGAUUUGACAACCUGAUGCACGGCAAGUCCCCCAAGCAGAACCAGAAGCAGCGAUCCCUUGAGGAUUUCGUUGUCUCUCUUCAGCGCGUCUCGACUCAGCACGAGAAGUCUCAGUAAACUAGAUGGUAUAUACCCGGACCACCAUCGACCGGACUUUUCACUUUCGCUUUGUCUAAAUUUGAACUGUAUUACUCGCACCCGAGUAUUAAGACUCCUGGAGUGGUUGAGGAAACUUUCAUACCCCUAGAGAACGUCUAUUAGACAUCUAAUAAUACAAGUAAAAUAAAUAAUUCGUCCUCUGAAA